AUGAUACACUUUGAUGGGAUUGCGGCGGGCAUUCACCCUCCCAAACCGGAUUACAACAAGCACGUGUCGGAGGUCUACACCGAAAUGGCAAAGUUUUCGAUUGAGAGUGACAAGACACUGAUUAUUUUGUUUCUUUGCACCCAUCUCAGGACCCAUCUCACGACGUGGGAGACAUACCUCCCUUCCUGGACGCCGGACUUUUCCUGCAAUAUUGAAGCUCUCCGGUACCCGGCACUGAGUCGGGUAACGAGAAGUGUGCCAUCUCGAAGCGAGCAUCUACCGGUUGUAUCAAACGCGGGGGUGCUGCAAGUUCACGGCAAGUUGGUUGGCAUAAUUCACAGGACAUAUAGCCUGCAGAAGUGGUGGACGAACCUCGACAGACUUAUACGAUUUGUCGGCCCUAUCAAUGAGCCAUGUCUGGUCGAGUUGUACAGCUGCCUCACAGGUGGCCAGGACCUUGGUGAGGAGUCGUUUGACUGGUUCCAGGAAGCCAUCAGUCGUGCUUCUGUCAAGGGGGAUGGGCUUUAUCUCGACGCCGAGCCCGGGAACAAUAAGAUUAACAAGACUGAGGUCAUUGAGGCCAUCACGCACACCACCACUCUGAGUGCUAGCAGAAGUGCACCGCACCGCCAGCUCUACAUGGCAACCGGGCUGGGUACCAAUUCCAGGUUCCGACUCGGACUGGGUUCGCCUGACUGCAGGGAGGGCGAUCUUGUUUGCUUGGUUGCAGGAGGUCACGCUCCACUAAUCCUGAGAUUUAUUCACGAUGGUUACUAUGAGUAUGUUGGUGACUCGUAUGUGCCUGGCUAUAUGGAAGAGGAUAUGGAACACGCACUGGAGGGGGAUAUCGGGAUAGAAUGGACAAGAUUUGACAUUCUCUAG